CUUCCUGUGGAGAUCAUCCCCGCAUUCUCCACGUGGAAGACAAGAACUAAGAGCAUUCAGUUCGGUACCGUGAGCAAUGGCUUGUUUGGGUUUCUGUGGGGAAUGGUUUCUGUCAACCUGCAGCAGCAAACUCAUAGCGAUCCAUACCAAAGAGCCCAGAGAACCGUUUGUGUUUGACUGCAGCCGUGCUGAAAAGAGGCUAAAAAUAGCAAAGGAUGUAAAUAGCAGUGAUGCAUCAGAGGACACCGGAAGUGACACGGUCCUUGCUUUUGCAGUGUCUUCAUCUGGCAAAUUGAUGGCGAUAACUGAUGACACCAAACGACUGAUCCUGUUUCGGUGUGAACCUUCAUGGCACUGCAUUAGCAUCAGGUGGGUGAUUAGGAGGUGCACAUCACUAGUGUUCAGCCCGGCUGAAGAUGAACUGCUGGUGGCUGACAAGUCUGGAGAUGUUUACUCCUUUUCUGUGGUUGAACCAGAGAAGGACGGUGAGCUGAAGAUGGGUCACCUUUCGAUGUUGCUUGCUGUGACCAUAUCCGCAGAUGACCAAUACAUCAUUACAGCUGACCGUGAUGAGAAGAUCAGAGUGAGCCAUCGCAGGUCCCCUUAUAAUAUCCAGUCUUACUGCUUAGGGCAUCACCAGUUUGUCAGCACGCUAGAGAUCCCAAAAGGACAUCCACACUGGCUGCUGUCCGGAUCAGGGGAUGGAACAGUGAAGCUGUGGGAGUUUGAGUCUGGUCGCAAACUGCAAAGCUGGGACCUUGGACAGCUUGAAGACAAGCUAUGCUCUGAUACUGCCAAAGGAAAUAACACAGCUGUGUUUCGUAUCUGCAGUUCCCCAGGUGGCCGUGAUGUAGCUGUGUUGUGUGACGGACUGAUGAACGUUUACAUUUUCACCUUGGAGCAAACCAAUGAUGAGAAGCUGAGGCUUCACAGUAAACUCCAUCUUUUCCACCGUCCCAUGGACAUAGGCUUUGACAUGAAAGGACAGCUUUGGGUGCUAUUGGACUCCAGCGAUGUUCCACUCCAAAUCCACACAUACAGAAAAAACUCCUGGGAGUGUGACACUGAGAACGACAACCUCAGAAGAGUAACUGAUAUCCUCAGAACGCAAUGGAGCACAACUGACAAUUUCACAAGUGUCACAAACCACUUUGAGCACCUGUAUAAAGUGAGCUUUGACAACGUGUCAGUGUAUCUGCAGAAAAAGCAGCAACGGAUUGAAGAGCAUCAGCUGAAGAGGACAAAAGGUCAGAAAACAAAAUGCACCAAGAAGUCAAAGAAGAAACCUGAUGAAGUUUUGACUCAGCCUUCUACUUAAGUGAAGAGUAAAGAGAAUCAUUCAGGUUUUGUACUUUGAAUGUGUGCGCCUUGCCAGUUUUAUUCAGUGGUUUAUUUUUACUAUUUAAGAUGAAACAAAAUUACACCUUUUUUUCUGUUUGGCAUAGUCAUUGAAAGAAACCUGUUUGCCAGUAUGAGCCACAUACAUUCUGUUGAAUCAUUAUUAUAUGUUCGGUGCAUUUAAUUACAUUUAAUUUUACUCUGGGAAUAAUAAAGCAUAUUUUAUUUAAAAAAUUC